GAAUGUCUGCUGGGUGGAUCUCUGAAGACACACUGAGUUUCAGUUAGAGAUAGAAACUCCCAGUCGCGUCUCCGCCACACAUGCGCCACAUCUGUGCUUCUGGAACAUGAAGUCUCUUUUCAGUCUGCUUCUUAUACUUCUAACAAUACACUCAGUAAAUACACUGAAGUGUUACAUAUGCAGCUCCAAAACAACGAAUGACGAGUGCAACCUGAACUCUGAGGAGUGUCAGGCUCCCUUCGACGCCUGCAUGACCACUGUAGCCAAACUAGGAGCCGUGAAAGGCAUUGUAAAGACCUGCUCCAAUUCAAAGGUCUGUACAGGAGCUGCAUCCGUGGCCUCUAUGGACAAUAAUGGAAACGGCGUUCAGAUCUCCUGCUGCACCAGUCGCCUGUGCAACACCAGCGGCGCUGCGAGUAUUAAAGCACAACGAUGGCUGAUGCUCCUGCCCCUGAUCCUCUUAUCCCUUCUUAUCAGACAGCACACAUGAGGAGUUAAACACUGCUGGAUGAAUGACAUCCCAUUCUGGACUGAACAACUGUGUUCAUAUCUUCACAAAAAAAAAAAAAACUAACUACUGAGCCACUAAUGAUCAUCUUUCUAUUCUCCAUGACUGCUUAGGUAACAGCUAGAUGCGUCUUUUUGAUAAAACGUCGACAUAAAAGUUCAUAUUAAACAAAAUCUCAAAUCUAAAUGGAUAAGAAAUGUUGAAAGUCCAUUCAACUGAUGUAUUUAAGUACAGACUGUACACAUCCGAUUAUGUUGGGACUGAGCCAACCAAAGUUAAUGUUUACCUGAAAAUUUCAGGAAUUUGAAACAAGCAAGACCUGUACCAAAUCAUGACUUGUGGAGUAAAGAAUGUGUUAUUUAGUGUUAAAACGACCAAGCUCAGGCAUCUAGAUGUCUACAUAAUUUCACAUUUUAAGAUGUCUGUACCUUUAAGCUGUGCACUGUUAAUAACAUACAAUUUGUAAAUUAUAUUUUUUGUUUUGAUUGUGUGGAAACUAAGUAAACUCAUUUAAUCCAAGU